UAAUGAAUUCUACGCGCAAUAGCAUGGCUCUUUUUUGUGAUCGGCAGCCCAGUAAUACAGACACUGCUUCAAUGAAGCAGCACCCUUCCUCAUGUGACCUGGAACUUAAGGCGCGGUCGCCAGAUAAGGAUGUUUUCUGCGAUCUACGCAUCAGCCACGCAUUCCUAACGCGAUGUCGCUCUGUUAUCUAGCCCAUGAGUUCGGAAGAGCAUACGAUAGGAAGCCUAUGGCGCGCCGCAACCCAAGCGCCAGGAUGGGCUGUCAGACUCGGCGCAGAUGGUUGGAGCGAAGAUCCCACAGAGGUACAGUCUUCCCUGCCCACACUGUACUUGUACAGAGCCCGCUGACUCGUUGGCUGUAUGACAUUGUACAUGGCAAAAGCCGCCGGGGGAGGGGGGGACAGGUUUUUCCUUGCCCUCACGGGACCACCGUCCUCCCAAGCCGCAAACGACGAACUUAUGACUCCCAUGACUAUCUUGCAUAGCAUAACAAGCAAUCCGCGUGCGACGGUUAAUGAUGUUCAGAUAGUCCGCAACC